CCUGUAAGCGCGCCCGGCGGCCCUCCCUUCCCAGAAGGCCUUUCUCCACCGGGCCCUCCCCCUUUGGCGGCUGCUCUGCCGCGGAUUGGGGCAGCCGCGGGGCGGCCCCCCCUCGCGCGGCGCUCAUUGGCUGCCGCGCCCGCCCAUCGCCGCGAGGGGGCUUCGCCGUUACCGGGAGACGGCCGCCAUGUUGGAGACGCCCGCCAUGGCGGCGAAGGAGAAGGAGGCGGCGGCGGCGGCGGAGCUGGCGGAGCUGCUGUCCCCGGCGGCGGGCCAGGCGGCGCGGGAGGGCGCGGCGGAGGCGGCGCUGGCCCUGUCGGGGGACGCGGCGGGGCGGCGGCUGCUGGCGGGACAACCGGCGGCCAUGGCGGCCUUGCUGGAGCUGGCGGCGGGGCCGUCCCUGCCGGCGGCCCGCCACGCUCUGGGCUGCCUGGUGAACCUCUCGGCCGAACCGGCGGCCCGCGAACCGCUGUUGGCCGCGCUGCCAGCUCUACUGGGGCUGCUGCCGGGCGGGCCGGCCUGCGGGGUGCUGGCUAACCUCUGCCGGGAGCGGGGGGCGGCUCGGCGGGUACUGCGGGGCCUGCGGGAGGGCGGCCCCGGGCUGGAGCCGCUCCUCCAGGCGCUCGGUCAACCCCGGCCGCCCUCCCAGCUCGGCCCGCUGCUCUGCAACCUCAGCCAGCUGCCCGAGGGCCGCCGUGGGCUCCUCGAUCGCUCCCGGUGCUCGGUGCAGCGGCUGCUGCCCUUCACGCAGUACCAGGACUCCGUCGUCCAUCGCCGGGGAGUCGUGGGGGCACUGAGGAACUGCUGCUUCGAGUACGAGGACCACGAGUGGCUGCUGAGUGAGGAGGUCGACAUUCUGCCCUUCCUCCUCCUGCCUCUAGCAGGCCCCGAGGAAUUUCCUGAGGACGAGAUGGAAAGGCUGCCCGUGGACCUGCAGUACCUGCCGCAGGACAAGCAGCGAGAGGAAGAACCUGACAUCCGGAAGAUGCUGCUGGAAGCCAUCAUGCUGAUGAUACCGAGCUGGGAGGAGCGGCUGGUACACCAGAGGGUCGUGCUGGCAUCCAGAGAGACCUCGCCAGGCUGGAGAAACGGGCCGACAAGGACUUCGUGGAGCUCCUUGAGGAGAAGGAACAACCUCAGGCAGCAGGACGCAGAGGGGAACGAUGGGCUGGAAAGCAGCUCUGCGGAUGAGGCCCUGGGGGUCCUGGUGAACGCCACACUGAACGUGAGCCAGCAGCAUGCUCCUGUGGUAAAGGCAGCAAAGGGUGACCUGGGCUGCAUGAGGAGCAGUGUCACAGCAGGACGAGGGACAUCUGCUCAGCUCUGGUGAGGCCACACUGGGGGUGCUGGGUCCAGUGCUGGGCUCCCCAGUACGAGGGAGACAUGGACACAGUGGAGAUGGUCCAGGGAAGGGCCACCAAGAUGCUGAAGGACUGGAGCAUCUCUGCUGUGAGGAAAGGCUGAGGGAGCUGGGACUGCUCAGCCUGGAGAAACGAAGGCUCGGGAGGAUCUCAGCAAUGUCUAUAAAUACCUGCCGGGAGGGAGUGAAGAGGAGCCGGACUCUUUCCAGUGGUGCCCAGCACCAGGACCGGAGGCCACGGGCACAAACUGGAACACAGGAGGUGACACUCGAACAGGAGGAAACAAUUUUUCACUGUGAGGGUACCGGACCCCUGGCACAGGCUGCCCCGGGAGGUGGCGAAGUCUUCGUUCUUGGAGAUACUCAAAGCCUAUCUGGCCGUGGUCCUGGGCCACCGGCUCUGGCUGGCCCUGCUUGAGGACCAGGUGUCCCUUCCCAUCUGUGAUCCUGUGGGUGAGAAGGACCAACAAGCCAGUGUUCCCCUCUCCCCACGGGCAGGCUCUCCAUCCCCAUUCCUACGUUGGAGGGCUGUCAGAGCAGCUCUGUGACAGCCCCCCCAUGCCGUGGGGCAUUUCAUUUCCGACUCGGAGAGGCACCAUCAGCCCAGCGGAGAACCCAGCCGAGCCCUGCCAUGCAGCAUCCCUUGCUGGGUGCUCUCACCGCUCUCGCGGCUGCGCCGGGCUCCCUGCCCACACUGCCGCUUUUUGUCUCUUUCGCAGCUCACGGCCACCAAGGCCGGCCGGCACACGGUGAGGGAGAAGGGGACGUACCUGAUCCUGCGGGAGCUGCACCGCUGGGAACGGGAGCCCACCGUGCUGGCUGCCUGCGAGAAGCUCAUUCAG